AUGCCCCCUCCUGGUGGUUUACCUCAUAAUGGUCCUCCACCACCACAAGGUGCAUUUCCACCAGCUUCUAAUCCUCAACCCUUUAUCCCUAAUGUCACUCAAACUGUACCACCAGCUGGUAUUGUCAAUGGCGUUCCUCUUGCUAAACAACCUUUAAAUACAGUACCUUGCCGAACAGUUUAUGUUAGCAAUCUUAAUGAAAAAGUGAAAUUAGAAGUUUUAAAAAACUCUUUACGUACAUUAUUUAAACAAUUCGGUGAAGUAUUAGAUGUCGUGGCUCAUAAAAAUAUUCGUAUGCGUGGUCAAGCAUUUGUUGCAUUUCCUAGUGAAGAAAAUGCAGAAAAAGCCAUUAAAGAAUUACAACAUUUUAUUUUGUAUGAUAAACCCAUGGUACUUCAAUUUGCACGUACUAAAUCAGAUGUACAUGCUAAAAAAGAUGGUGAUUACGAUUCUCAUUACCAAAGACGAAUGACUAAAAAACAAGAAAUCUCUAAAUUACCUCUUCCUGGAUCACAUAAACCUAGUUUCAAGGCUAAUAGGCAACUAAACAAACCUAGUGGAUCUGCUCACUUUAAUCCUACAGCUAAUAUUCCUGAUGAAUAUUUACCCCCAAAUAAGAUUUUAUUCUUACAAAACUUGCCCGAAACAAUUACUCAAGAACAGCUUGUCGACCUCUUCCAGCGUUAUCCUGGCUUUAGAGAAGUUCGUAUGAUUCCUACAAAGAAGACAAUUGCCUUUGUUGAAUAUGAUAAUGAGCUUCAAGCUGUUGUUGCAAAGACGGAAUUAUCUCGACAUUCUUUUGGUCCAGAUCAAGAAAUGAAGGUUACUUUCGCAAGAAAGUAA